AUGAUCUGCACCUUCACCCUACAUCCUAUGAAUCUUAUUACAUCAACAUCGAAAUAUUUUCUUUGUUUUGUACUUCAAAUCUUGAUUUUCAUCCACGUGCAUUGGUACGUCAUCAGUGAACAUCAUUGUGUUUUUCUUUCAGCACUAUUUCUAGGCAAUGCAAAUCUGAAUGUCAAUGCAAAAUGGAUACAAGAUGGUGUCACUAUCGCUGGAGGAAAUGGACGUAAUAGUGGAAUGAAUCAACUUAGCAGUCCAUGGGGUUUGUAUGUUGAUAAUGAUCAAACUGUCUACAUUGCUGAUAACUCAAAUCAUCGUGUUGUGGAAUGGAAAUGUGGUGCAACAACUGGUCGAAUUGUGGCUGGUGGAAAAGAACGGGGAAAUAGACCUAAUCAGUUGAACGAUCCAUAUGAUGUUAUGGUCGAUAAAGAACGAGGUAGUGUUUUCAUUUGUGAUUACGCUAACAAAAGAGUAGUCCGAUGGCCUCGUCAAAAUGGUACAAAUGGAGAAACAAUUAUCUCAAAUAUUGGAUGUUGGGGUUUGGCAAUGGACGAUGACGGAUUUCUCUAUAUUGUUGAUUCUGAUAAACAUGAAGUUAGACGAUAUAGAAUGGGAGAAAGUCAAGGAACAGUCGUUGCAGGUGGCAAUGGACCAGGAAAUCGUCUUGAUCAGUUGAAUUGUCCGAGAUACUUAUUCAUUGAUUGUGAUCAUUCAGUGUAUGUAUCAGAUUCCAGUAAUUGUCGUGUGAUGAAGUGGAUGAAAGGUGCGAAACAAGGCAUUGUUGUGGCUGGUGGUCAAAGUUCAGGAAAUAGUCUUAUGCAAUUAUCAAAUCCUAUGGGAAUUGCCGUGGAUCAAUCAGGUGCUGUCUAUGUAGCUGAUAAUGGGAAUCAUCGAAUAAUGUGUUGGCCUCAAGGAGCUACACAGGGAAGUGUCAUCAUAGGUGGAAAUGGUCAAGGAAGUCAAUCGAAUCAAUUAUAUUGUCCAAGGGGUUUGUCAUUUGAUCAAGAGAGUAACCUCUACGUCAUUGACGGUGGAAAUGAUCGAUUACAAAAGUUCAACAUUGACCGAAGUUGA